AUGUCGUCACUAAUAAGAGAAAAACAGUCGCGUUCUCCAUUAUAUGAGGUAUCACAAAAUACAUUUGUUGACAACGCUGAACAACAUUCUUCGAUUUCACAUUCAAUGAAACAUCGAGAAAAAUUAACACAACAAAUGGAGAAAGUUUAUUUAUAUCAUAAUCAAAUUCGACAAAGCGUGAUUUGCGAUAGAAAAGAUUUUACGAAUAAUUUCCUUAUGAAAAGAGUCGAUGAUUGGGAACGACAAUCAAUUCUCAAAAUUCAACAAACAGCGAGUAAUGUUCGACAAGAAUUAACGCAGGCUUUUGCUAAACAUACAACUGAAAUGAGUGAAAUUUUUGCAGAAUUCAGUCAGCAACUCAACAAAGCUCGUGUACAAAAUAAUUAUAUUGAAAAUGAUAUUAAAUAUUGGUUAGAAAAACUUGAACAAUUUAAAACAGAUUUUCAAACACCUAAAACAAUCAAUAUAAUCUCAGAUGAACGGGCACCUGCGUUCAUCCCGAAAAUAAAACUUUCACUUGCAUCAGUCGAUUCAUUUCAUCAUGCCAACGGUGACAUUCAAGCAGGUUACCGUGGUUUUACUAUUACUCAUGGCCUAUCGAAUGGUGAUGCAACAAUUCAUGGAAAAACAGAAUAUUAUUCUGGAAUUCAUAAAUUUCGUUUUCAAAUUGAGAAAUUAGGCACACCAAAAUGGGUCUUCUUUGGUAUAAUAUCAAAAAAUGCAAGUUCACAAGGAAAUAUAUAUAGAACUCCGACAGCAUAUGGUUGGGCCGGUCAUCAUCAAGUUUGGCUCAAUGGUGCUCAUCAUCAUCAAUAUCUUGGUUAUUCAUGUGAAUUUGAUGUUAACCAUAUAGUUGAAUUAUUUAUGGAUUGUGAUAAAAAGAUUAUACGUUUAACGAAUGAAACGACUUCAUUAACACACGAAAUUGAUGUACCGCCUAUAAAAUGUCCAUUGCCAUGGACACUUUAUCUUGGUCUGUAUGGUUCCGGCGAUCAGGUUCGUCUUCUAUUUGCUUGA